CGAGUUAGCUGCCUCUCUCUCUUCUUUUUUUUUUCUUCAUCAUCCCCCUUUUAUCUCCCACAUCACCGCCCUUCAUCACCAUCUUCAUCAUCAUCGCCCCCUCCUCCACCAUCAUCAUCAUCCUCCUGCUCGCCACGAUGUCUCGGCGCAAACAGCCCAACCCCAACAAAGUGAAGCCAGUGAUGGAAAACUCCACAGAGGAGCUGCAAGAAGUGGGAGGAGUCAAAACUGAGAUAAAUGAAGAGGAGGCGGAGCAAACAGAGGAGAAAACACACAAUAACCUCAAAGGAGCGAUCAAUGGAAUGAAGGAGGCGACAGAGAGCGGAGGAGAGAAGCUACAGAACGGAGACCGAGGAGGAGGAGCAGCAGGAGGAGGAGCAGGAGAAGCCAUGGCAACGGAAGGAGGCGACCUGUCCUCCAUCAACGCCAUGAUGUCAGCAGUGAUGAUGGCGGCAGAGAGCAUCAACGGAGGAGGAGAAGGAGAAGGAGAGAGUGGAGUCACCUCCGCCAACUCAUCGGCCGGCCCGUCGCCAAGCCCCUCCCCCAGCAAGUCGCUCACAUCAGCCAUGAGGGCCCCACCCGGCCGCAACGCAAGACGCACCCAGGACACCAAAGACACCAGCUCAGCUUUUAUCUGUCCUCUCUGUGACAAGGACUGUCAAUCACAACACUCGCUCACCAUGCACAUCAGACAGCACAACACUGACGCCGGAGCAAGCGACCACUCGUGCAGCAUCUGUGGGAAAUGUCUGAGCUCGGCCUCGUCGCUGGACAGACACAUGUUGGUCCACAGCGGAGAGAGGCCGUACAAAUGUGUCGUCUGUGGACAGACCUUCACCACUAACGGGAACAUGCACAGACACAUGAAGAUCCACGACAAGGACCCGGCCACCGGUAUGCUCCCCAUCUGCCCCCCCACCAUCGCCAAACGACGCCGUCCGUCCGUCAAGAGGAGGCAGGGAUCGGAGGAGGAGAACGGAGAGGAGCCGCCCAGCAAGAAGGUAGUGGAGGAUGUUGCUGCGGCGGAGGAGUCGGCGGCGGCGGUUCGCGGAUCAGAGGAGGAGCUGCUGCCCUGUCCGAUCUGCUUCAAGACCUGCAGCUCCAGACUGGAGCUGGACGCACACAUGGACACACACCCAGACACUGCACUGAGGUGUGACUUCUGCUGCCUUUCUUUCCGAACUCACCGCGGUUUGUUGCGUCACAACGCGGCGGUUCAUAAGCUCCUCCCCCAGGACCCCAGCGGCCGCCCCUUCAUCCAGAACAACCCCUCCAUCCCCACCGGGUUCAACGACCUGGCCUUCAUCGACUUCUCCUGCAAGAAGUUUGCUCACAUCGCUCAGGUUUGGUGUGAGACGAACCUCCGUCGCUGUAUCAGUAAGUUCCACCGAUUCGUCUGUGACAGCUGCGACAAGGCGUUCCCCCUUCGCUCUGCCCUCGACCUCCAUAAAACCAUCUCCCACCACGACAGACCCUCCCCCACCGACUCGGAGGAAAAGGUGGAGAAAGUCAAAGAGGGCGGAGCUGCAGGAAAUGGCGUUGAGACCGAGGGUCAGGAUGGACAGAAAGUAACUUCACACUCGAAGCAGGCCAGCUUCCUGGAUGUGCUCGGUCUUCAGCACAUUUCUACGGUGAAGUCUGGACCCACAGACGAUGAGAUCCAUCAGGCCCAUCUGGACAGCAUCAAGGUGAUCCACGUGGAGCCGCCGUGCUCCAGCCUCCCGCAGGAGCCGGCCUCGUCCUUCCUGUCUGGAGGUCUGGGGCUGACUCUCGGUGUCAGUGGUCUGACGGCGCUCAGCAUUCCGCUGCUGGAGGCGUCCACCCUGCAGGGCCUCUCCCAGAAAGACGCCCUCAGCCUGCUGUCCAAGCAGCCCUUCCAGACGGGCUUCCUCCUGCAGACUGAUGGGGGCGCUGCAGCGGCCAGCGCUGCUUCGUCAGGUGCCAAACCCAGCGAGGCGGGGGCAGUCGGGGUCAGAGAGCUGGCCGACAUCCAGCAGAUCCUCAAAGUGGCGACUGCAGCUCCCAAUCAGAUGGGACUGACCCUCCCGCCUCUCGCCAAAGCUCCUGGAUUCACUGGAGGUCAAGGUCAAGUCCAGGCUCAGAAAGCGAUGCCCCCAUUGAAGCCCAAACCUCCCAUCACCCCUCGCUCCAGCCUCACAGCGACAACUCCUCCCCCCCUCCAGAGUUCCCAGCAGGCAUCACUGGGCUGCAUCAGCCCGAGCCUUCCACCUCCCAACCCCACCCUCUUCAAAACGCCUUCCUCAUCCUCCUCAUCCACUGGGAGCGGAGGGCAGAUGGAUGCAGAGUGCAUGGGCGACGCCCACACUCCGUUGUCUGAUUCACCGCCAGCUGCAAGCACAGCUGUACACGAGGAGGCGGGGCUUAGCAGUGGGAAGCCAGGAACCAAAGUGGGGAGCAACGGCAACGCCGGGUCAGCUAAAGGCUCGUUCCCCUGUCGCUUCUGCGACCAGGUCUUUGCCUUCUCGGGCGUCCUGCAGGCUCACAUGCGCUUUCACCUCGGCAUCCUUCCUCACCAGUGCAACAUCUGCGACUACGUGGCUCCAGACAAAGCUACGCUGAUCCGACACUUGCGGACACACAGCGGUGAACGGCCGUAUGUCUGUCGGGUCUGUCAUUAUCCUUUCACUGUCAAAGCCAACUGCGAGCGCCACCUCAGGAAGAAACACGCCAAGUCCUCGAGGAAGGACAUUGAGAAGAACAUAAAGUACGUCACCUCUGCCACGACGGGAAACAUUGCAGCAAUCACCACCUCCACCCAAGACACGGAGACGGGCUGCACCGGAGCUGAGACAACGUGCCGGUUCUGUGGCGAGGACCUGAAGACCUACCGGGCGCUACAGAUCCACCUGCGCACACAUAACGGCUGCCAGAAGAAGCCGUUUGAGUGCCGGCGCUGCGGCGCAGCCUUCCUGGCCAAACGUAACUGCAUCCAUCACCUGCUGAAGCAGCACCCUGAGGUGCAGGAGAGGGAGAUUGAGGAACAUAUCGCCUCGCUUCAGCCGGCCGCUGUGCCUGUCGCUACUGUCGCCACAGCUCGAGCUGCUCCGGGGAAUCAGAUUCUGCUGAACGGGAUCAGUCCGCCUCCGAUCCAGAUGCUCCAAGCUGUGAAGGUGGAGGAAGUAGCGCACGUGGUUUAUCCUACAGAACUGGACCAGCCGCUCGACUUCUCUGCUAAAGGUCGUGGGGCAGGGAGCCAGGUGGAGUCACCUGGGGUCAAACUGGAGAGCGUCUCCCCGACCUUCGACUGCUCCGCCGUCGACCAGCCCAUCGACCUGUCCAUCCCCAGCAAGAGGCAGCGCAGAGAGGCAGCACCCGCAGAGAAGAGGGAGAUCAAGACGGAGCAGAGCGGCAGCAGCAUCGAGCAGCAGCAGCAGCUCGCUCUGCCUCUGUCCAAGGAUGAGAAGGUGGGCGGCGCCCUCCACCCUCACCCCCAGCUCGGCUGUUACCAGCUCCCCCCUGGAUCAACCCCUCCCCCAACCCCCCUCCCCAAUCUCAACAACUCUGCUCGAGCGCAGCGUCUCAAACCACUUCUGCCCAAACCAGCCUCCUCCACCUCCUCGGCACCUUCCACCACCCUGAAAGAGCUCCCCCCCCUGGCCUCCAUCGCUCAGAUCAUUCACUCCGUCUCUGGAGCUCCAGACCUGCUGAAGAGAGAAGCUGCCACACUGGACUGUAAACCGCAGAGCGUUGUCGUUCCCUCUCAGGCCGAUUCAGCUGCAGACGCCCCAGGACCCUCCGCUGGUCUGGAAACGCAGAGUGACGACACGUCUGAGGGGUCGUCCAGAAAACGCUCCCGGAAGAAACUGGCGGCCCUGGCACUGAGAGAGAAGACUGCUGCGAGCGGCGGUGGCAUCGACCUGGAGUCCAGCGGCGAGUUUGCCAGCGUGGAGAAGAUGCUCGCCACCACCGACACUAACAAGUUCAGCACCUAUCUCCAGACCGGCACCGCAGACCUGGGCGGGAAGAGAGAUGUUGACGGAGCAGGAGAAGGGGAGGAGAAGGACGGAGGAGGGAAGGAGGAGGUGAAGGUGUCCAAAGGGAAGAAAAACGCUUACUCCAACUCUGUCCAGAAGAUGACCUGCCCCUUCUGCCCCCGAGUGUUCCCCUGGGCCAGCUCGCUGCAGAGACACAUGCUGACACACACCGGUCAGAAACCGUUCCCGUGUCCGAAGUGCGACGCCUUCUUCUCCACCAAAUCCAACUGUGAGCGCCACCUGCUGAGGAAGCACGGCGUGACACACAGGACGCUGCGACGCAACGGCUCCCUCGGAAAGAAGGACGGCGAUGAAGGCUCGCACGACAGUGGAGAGAGUCAGUCAGAGACGGAGCAGGUCGCAGCAGAAGCACACGACCUCAGCGCUGUCAACACCCCCGGAGGUCUAUCCCCCACAUCAGAGAGCCCCAACCCACUAGAACAAGAGCUGGACUUCACACAAACAAGCCCCUCCCCCACAUCAAGUCAAGGUUUCAGUUCAACUGAAAACGAAGAAGAGGACGAGGAUUCAGAGAUGUCAGAGCAGCCGGACCAGCAGGGGGCGCCAGAGACCAGAGCAGCUCAGAGAAAACAGCCUCGACUGAGCAGCACCAAGGCGGAGAGCACAGACGACGACGACUGCCACAGCAACAAAAGUCUGGACCUGAACUUCGGUAAAAAGCUCAUCGACUUUAAGCUCUCCACGUCUUCAGGCUCCGCCCAGGAAGAACAGAGCUCCCAGCCCACCUCCUCCUCAUCUUCCUCCGCGCCAUCGUCCAGCUCCGCUCCGCAGGGAGCAUCCGAGGGUCCAGAGGCGGAGGAGAAAGAGAAAAAAGCUGCAGCCUCCUCCUCCUCCUCCUCUGGUCCUGUGGUGAAGCAGCAGCCGGAGUACAAACACGUAUGUCGAGUUUGCAAGAAGAGUUUCCGUUACGCCACCACCCUCGCCCGCCACGAGAGGGCGCACCUCUCAGAGGAGACACCAACGCCGGCACCGGUGGAAGAGACGGCCAUGACAGAUGAGGCGACGGAGAGCAACGCCACCAAACCGGCUGAAGAGGAGAAAGAGGAGAAAGAUGAAGAGGAGGAGAUGAAGGAGAUGGAAUUGGAGGAUGGAGCAGGAGUUGAGAGCGAGGCGGGGGAGAGCGGGGAGUCGGAGGAGGAGGAGGAGGAGGAGGAGGAGAAGGAGAAGGAGGAGAGGAGCGAUGAAGAAACGUCAGAACCAAAGAGUCUGGAGGGAGGAGAGACAAGCGGAGGACGAGUGGACAAGAGGAAGAAGAUCUGUAACGUCUGCGGAAAAAGGUUCUGGUCCCUACAAGACCUGACGAGACACAUGAGGUCCCACACAGGCGAGCGGCCGUACCAGUGUCAAACCUGCGAGAGGACGUUCACGCUGAAGCACAGUCUGGUUCGUCACCAGAGGAUCCACCUGAAGCCCCGUGGAGCCGACGGAUCCUCGGCUGCAAACGACGACGCCAGCGAGGACGGAGACUCCUGCACCCCGACUCCGACAUCCACCUGCCCGCCCUCGGAGAACGAGAGCGAGUGUGGGAGCAGCGCCGCUAAGGAGCUGGAGGAGGACGACGUGAAAGACGAGGAGGAGGCUGGUGACGGAGCAGAAUCUGAGGAAAGUCCGGGUGCGGAUUCAGAGCCGACCACCGCGGUUUCCUCUGAGGACCCGGACGCGGAGAACAAACCUGAACUUUGUGUCGACUCUGCGACGCAACAACCCGACACCAGCACAUCUCCCAGUCAACAAGCUACUGACACAAAGACAAGUACGAGCGACAAGUCCUCGGACAGCGACCAGAAAUCCACCCGGGACUCAAACUCCUCCAAAGACCCCGCUCCCUCCUCCUCCAGCUCUCCACCAGGGGGAGCCAUAACAGUCACGCCUGCAGAGGGCGCCAUCCAGGGGCUGUUGGAGAUCCACACAAAGCCGUCGCUGGAGCAAAGCCUUCCCAACGGAGAGCCUCCUCUUGUCGGGGUCGACUGAGAAGAAACCCCCGGAGCUGCCUGAGCGUCGCCACAGUGCCAUACGAUGGAAACACGCUACAUUUACCGUCGCUGAUGAUGAUGAUGCAAAAACCAGCCCAGAAAAAACUAUUUUUGACAGAAAGACGAAAACCUCGUUUUCUUGAAGUGCCUUACUACUAGUCCUACUUCUAUGAUGUUCUUUGCUAUAUCUUUAUCUGCAUUAUUACGGAGGAUGGAUCUAAUUUUUAUAGCUUUUUAUGAUGACAAUGAUUUGCAUUACUAUUUUUUGUGCGGGGAAUCUAUAUUUCAGCAAUAAAAAGAAUAAAGUUACGAUUUAUUAUUGUUCUAGAUUCUGUUUGAGAAUUAAUGAUCAACGUAGGAGACGCAGAGCGACAGACGGAGACGGACUGUCGGUGUCUCGUCUGUAUUUAAAUCACAUCAGAGACUGAACAAUCUCAUUUUCACAGAUGAACCUGUGGAUUUGUCGGAACUUGACUCUUUUCUUUGGUCCGUCAGCAGCUUUUCAGAAUUCAAACUUCUGUUCACAUAUUUCUGGAUAAAAUCCAACAUGGAGGGGACGCCGUUUCCCUCCGUGUGGCUAACGACGUCUUUUGUAACUGGAAAUCGCAGAACGGCUGCUGCCUCGUCGCCGUCGUUCCUCCGCACCAGUUCCCCGUCUCUCGGCAGAUAACACAAAACAUUUAUGAACUUGACAAAGUCAAAUUCUGUGUGAAAGAAAAUUGUGUUGAUCAUUUUGCUCUGUGUUUUUUUUUGUAAUCCAUCACACUAUUGAUCCCUCUGCGUCUCCCUCUGGUUUGUGUUAAUAUUUUCUCUUUCCUAAUCAUUCUCAGUUGAUUCCAUGUUGAACGUGUGCACGUGAUGUGUGUGUGAUUAGCAGUGAUCUUCAGCGUAGGGACGGGAAUUCUUGUGUUUUGUGGAUAUUUUUUAUAACUGAACAAAUCAAAAGUUUUGUUGUGUAUGUGUGCGACUCCCACCUGUGUCUCAUCGUCGCCCCCUAGUGUUCACGUAGGGUAUAUUACAGGGCCUCAGAUGUGGUUCAGUUUACCUCAAUCUCUGCUUUUAACUGCGACCACGAACAGAGCGGACGAGCAUCGCAGCCUUCGAAUCCUGUGUCUUCCUCAACAGGCUAGCACGGCUAAUUCUGUGCUAGCCUGGUUUCCACUGUGGGCCAGAACUAGCCAUGGCUUCAAACACGGCUGAUUUUGGUUAACGUCUGAGUUGCUACUGAAUUAGUAUCAACUGCAGCGUCAAAUCAAAAUUAUAAAGGGCUAAGUCAUCGCUAGCACGGUUUAUGCAUUUAACCUUAACAUUUGCUAGAUAUUCACAACUCCUGAUAAAAGGGCUAACAGUAGCUUCCAGGUCAAACUAAUGCUAACCAGGGCUAAUUUGUAGGAUCAUGCUAACCAACCUGCUGAGGCCUUAACUGGUUUAAUUUCUAAAGCACGUUAGCUAGCACUCAUUAGCUCUUAUUGUUAGCCUGAGCUUUGUUCAACUGCUAGACAAGACAACAGUUAACUCGUUUUGUAUGCUAAGCUGUCGCUAGCACUAAUCGUUAGCCUGUUAGCUUGUUUUGGGUCCUUUGAAAUCUACUCAAAGCACAUGCGCUUCAGCUAACUGACCAGCGAGGACUUGCUAAUCAGGCUAAUGCUGCAUUAAUAGAAGCUAAUAGCAGACCUAGCUAACCUUCCAGUAUUAUCAGUUUCUGUAGUUGGUCCAGGACAACGUUAGCAUGUUUGCUUGUAUUUCAGUCUUCAGAGACGAGAACAGCUGAUCUAAAGAAAACAUGAACUAAACACUUAAUUAAUUUAGCACCAGAGACAAUCAGUCGUAUUUUUCCAAUUGAAAACGGAUUUAAAAUAAUGAAUUAAACCUUUAGUUGGUUCUCGUGUGAUUUCCAAGAGGAGGUAGAUGACGGGUGGACGUUAAGUGGACGUGAGUAUUAUUAAAUGUUCCUGGACGAUAUUUCCUCAAACAAGUCAAAGUUGUGAACCUCCAACCCGACACAGCUACAACCAGCCGAGUGGUCACUGAUCCUGACGUCGUGUGUUUGUGUCGCGUGGAGAUGAACAUUGCUAAUUUCUCUAUUCGCACGUUUUCGUCUGUUUAUUUUUAUAUCAAGUAUCGACCUCAUAAGCAAAACAUACGAACCUCAGCGGCUCAUAAUGAAACCGUCAGGCAGCGACCGACAGGCGGUCCAAAAGAAAACUAGUGAACAACCAGACGGUGCCUGGACGCUGCUGUAAACUGGCACUAACAACUUCCAAACUACUACUUCUACUAGUUCUACUAGUUCUACUUCUACUACAGUGGAAUAUUGUGACACAAUCAAGAGAGAGAGUUUCCUUCAGUCUGAACUCAACGUCCGCGCCCCCCCCCCGUUCGCUGGUUGAUUUUGACAAAGGAGGCAUCACAUUCUGAUGUUUUACCUUUGAAUGAUAAAUCGACUCCGGAUCAAAUAUCAGUUUCGUCAAAAGAUCCUUCGUCGUGUUUUUCUUCGUCUCUUCCAAAGUUUCCCUCAAAUUCCCAAAAGUCAAAAUCCGCAGAUUUCAAACCCUCGAACACUUGGUCAGUGGCCGAUGUUCGUUCAAGUCGGUGCAACUCACGUUAGAAAAAGUUACAGUGGAACUGGAAAUGAUCAGAAUUGUUUUCUUGCUGCGGAAUCUGUGUUUCAUGUUUGGAGUCGACUGGAUCCAAGAGUUUCACGGGAGCAAGAAACUUGAGGCAUAUUUUUAUACUAUCGUCUAAAACCUGAGAACUUAAAAUGGGAAUAAGGGGGCCAUGCUAUGCUAAGCUAAGUUAGCUUCCUCCCUUCUGCUCCGUCAGAACAGUUUGCUGUUGGUUAAUGGAGCAAAUUAAACGUUAAAUUCUUCCAGCAGGUAGAAUUCUCUCACAGUUCAGUUGCACCUGAUGAAGAAACAUUUCCUGACUGAUAACUUUUGCCGUUUAGCGCCGCGGCCGUGAAGCUCCUGUUCUCCUUCAGUCGACGAUGGAAACAUUAACGUGUAAUCACGAGAACUUCAAACCAAACUGGAGCUAAAGUUGUUGGAACGACUUGUUCGCUGAGUCUUAACUUUAAAUGAGUUUUGAUCUUUAUCUUGGCUGAAGAAACUUUCCCUCUGAAUUAUUUUAUGUUUGUCCACCUCCUCGGGAAUAUGUGCGAUUGUCUGUGUGUGUGUGUGUGUAUGUGGUGUGUGUGUGUGUGCGUGCACGGCCAUAUGAAUACUGGAGUUCCAUUCGAAUGCACGUGGACUGUUUUUAAAUGUAUUUAUUUGGAGCCCAGGUGUGUGUGUGUGUGUGUGUGUGUGUGUGAGUGUGAGUGUGAGUUAGUUUCCACAGUGAGAAGAAGCCAUGUAUUGAAAGUAUCACAUUUAUGCUGCAGAAGUGAUGGUUUGUGUUGUGGCUCCUCCGACUUGCCGUAGAGUCGGAGUGCGACUCGGACGUAGCAAUAAGAAAUCCUGAAUCCAAAAAGCUUUACGUAGAUCUCUGAGUCGAGAGACUCCGUCGGUUCUGUUUAUUUUUAGUUUGGAUGAUUUUUGUUGUGCUUAUUUGUAUUUUUUCUCUCUGACAUAUAAAUGCAUAUAAAACUGUGAAAAUCCAUCGUGUUCAGUUAAAGGGUGAGUUUAGGCUACUUUUCUUUUUUGCAUGUUAAUCUAAUUUGUUCAAUUAUGGAUGAUUUCUCCUUUCUCCAUCUCUUUUUACACACACACACAUAUAUAUAUAAAUCUAGAAAUAUAUAUAAUCUCGCUCUCAGGGUCUUUCACAAAUUCAUUAUCACAAAUAUUUCAUCUUAUUUCCUGAGUUGCAGUUUUUCCAGGUCCUGAUGAUUUUGUCUUUUUUUUAUUUGAAUGAUCAGAGCUGUCAAUCACUACAUUUAGCACUUGACUGUGAACUCGGCAUCGAACAGAAAAGACGUUGUUUCAUUCUGGUGAUUUUAUCACCCGAAUAUCUCGUCACGUUUUCCUUCUGUUUUGGUUUGAUUGGUUUUGAGCCUCGUCAGUCCAAGGGAAGCGUCAGACAUGUAAACACACACACACACACACUGGACCUCCGUCAUGAACACACAGUCGUGGUCAUGUGAUUCUCUUUCCCCUGCGAGUCAAACAUGACAGUGUUUCGACAGAUGUAAAAACCUGUCCUGUAUCAACCCACUGAGAAAAAGCAAUAAAGAUUAUAUCGUGGAAACGUGUGUGAAUCAAA